AUGGCGAGUGCAUUUGGCCUGCGAUUUACUUGCAGGUCCGGCUUGAACACUCGCUGGGUUUGCGACACAUGCCGGUCAUUCCAUGUAUCGGCAACGACUCAAUCAGGCCACAGCCGGUGGUCGACAAUCAAACACGACAAAGCAAAGAACGACAAGGCCAAAAGCAAAGAGCGGGGGAUAUUAACCCAAGAGCUGAUCAAUGCAUCGCAGCUAUGGGGACCGGAUCCGAAAAACAACCCUCGCCUGCAACUUGCGAUCGCCAAAGCCAAACAGUCACAGAUGCCCAAAGCGAUCAUCGAUAACGCAAUUGCCCGCGGCCAGGGUGUUUCAUUAUCAGGACAAGCCCUCGAGUCCGUCACAAUCGAAGCCAUGCUGCCCGGCACAGUAGCAGCCGUCAUCGAGUGCAUGGCCGAAAACAAAGCUCGAAUCCUGCAAGACGUACGAUUCACAAUCAAAGACAACGGCGGCACUGUGACACCGACUACAUAUCUUUUCGAGAAGAAGGGAAGGCUAGUAUUCGAAAACAAAGAAGGCACAAAUCCAGACGACUACCUUGAUCAAGCAAUUGAGGCCGGCGCAACGGAUAUAGAUACGGAUACUGAGGGGAGAUUGGUGGUGUAUACCGAGCCGACGGCAACAAAAUCUGUGGGAGAGGCAUUGUCACAAGCGACUAGUCUGGUUAUUGCGCAGUCACAGAUUAUUUGGGAUCCGAAUAAAGAUACGAUGGUCAAAGUGGAGGAUCCGGAGCAGCUCAAUCAGCUUGAGGAGGUCUUGGCUGCCUUGAGGGAAGAGUCCAGUGUGCAGGAUAUCUUUUUAAACACAAAUGUUUAA